AAGGGGUCGUUUUGGUGAUCCUGAAUAAGAUCAUUGGCACAUGGGUUCAGAAAUUCGAGACAGUUGUCCUCACCACCCUACCAUUAGAAUACGUAGAGGGCCAACAACUAAACUAUUUGAGCCUCGACCACUUUGCCCGUGUCCUUGUCAUAGGCCCGAAUCGAUGUUAAAUCAUGUUCUGAAGAGUGAAUCAAAAUCUCAAAUCCAAAAAUUUCAAAGAUCACGUUCACCUACAGAGUCUCUGCAAAGCAGCGUGGGCUCAAAUGAAUCCAAUCUCCCUUCUGAGAUGCCUCAGGAAGUGACACAAGAAGAAAUCAGAAAUCCAUUCAACAUAUUUCACAAAUUUCUUCAAAGGAUUCGGUGGGUCACACAAAGAAUAUCGUUCAACAAGAAAACAGACAUCGAUCUCUGUGACUCCUCCUUCGAAAGUUCUACCAGGGAAACAAAUGAACCUGGAAAAGAUGAAGAGGUGAAAACUGGAAAAUUCUGUUUUGGAAAUCAUCGAAGGCUAGUCGUUGACUAUUCUGGAAAAGUCCAUUACCGUUGGCUGUCCAUUAUUUCCUUUGCCGUACUCUACAAUACUGUGUUUAUCAUCGGAAGAAGCGUGUUUUGGGAACUUCAGAAUUUCUCUCCUAUUGGGUGGUAUACUCUGGACUACACAUGUGACACUAUUUAUAUCCUCGAUAUGGUGUUUCAGGCACGAACAGGAUAUCUAGAACAAGGACUACUUGUAGAAGACUCCAUGAAGUUAUUAACGAACUAUGUGAGGUCGUCAUAUUUUAAAUUUGAUGUGGCCAGCAUCAUUCCCACCGAUGUUUUGUACACGAUUCUCGGUACCAAUUGUAAUAUGAUAGUUCCUUGUUCAACGAUAGUACGUCUGAACAGAAUGUUUCGCUUGCAUAGAAUGUUCGAAUUCUUCGAUCGCACAGAAACAAGAACUAGUUUCCCUUACUUUUUUAGAAUUGGGAAAUUAAUCUUUUAUAUUCUAGUUAUCAUUCACUGGAAUGCAUGCAUUUACUUUUCUGUUAGCUACUUCAUUGGAUUUGGAACAGACACUUGGGUGUACAACAUUAGUCAUCCUGGCCACGACACGUUUCAAUAUCAGUACAUCUACAGUUUCUACUGGUCAACUUUAACCAUGACAACGAUCGGCGAAGUUUCUACUCCACAGAGAGAUGUUGAGUACUUAUUUAUGGUUUUAGACUUUUUAAUCGGAGUUCUUAUCUUUGCAACCAUUGUUGGAAACAUUGGAAGUAUGAUAACAAAUAUGAACGCAGCCAGAGUAGAGUUCCAAAGUCGAAUUGACAGUGUAAAGCAAUACAUGGAGUUCAGAAAGAUCGGGAAAGAACUCGAAGACAAGGUAAUCAAGUGGUUUGAUUAUUUAUGGACUAACAAACAAACAACAGACGAGGAGGCUGUUACCUCAAUGCUGCCGGACAAACUAGAGGCAGAAAUCGCUCUCCACGUCCACCUUGACACGUUAAAACGUGUUCGAAUUUUUCAAGAUUGUGAAGCUGGUCUUAUGGCUCAGUUAGUUCUUAAGUUGAAACUUCAAGUGUUCAGCCCAGGAGACUACAUCUGUCGCAAAGGAGAUGUGGGGAAAGAAAUGUACAUUGUGAAAAGGGGUAAAUUAGAAGUCGUCGCUGAUGACGGACAAACGGUUUUUGCCACGUUAGAAAAUGGUAGUGUUUUUGGUGAGCUAAGUAUUAUGAAUAUUUCCGGUAUGAAAACUGGUAAUCGAAGAACAGCAAACGUAAGAAGUGUAGGUUACUCGGACCUGUUCGUUCUAUCGAAAGAAGAUCUCUGGAAUGUUCUCGAAGAAUAUCCAGAGGCUAGAAAGAUGCUAAUUGAACGUGGGCGACAGAUUCUUAUGAAAGAUGGACUUCUGGAUGAGCAGGCGCUACAGGAGAGUGAAGCAGAACAGCGGACUCUAGAGGAGAAAUAUAAUAAUUUAGAAGAAGAUUUAGACAAUCUACAGACAAGAUUUUCUCAUCUCUUGGCAGAAUACCAAUCCUAUCAAGAUCGAAUGAGACGACGUCUUCAAGAAUUAGAGAAAAGAUGGAAAUGGGCAAAAUACGGCGGAGAAAGCCCUGAUAAAUCUGAUGAUGAAAACAUGAGUCUGAAAAGAAGAGAAUUCUAAUUGAAUUUAUAAAAAUUAACAAAAAAGUUAAAAUCAACAACCUGUGGUUGAAAUACAUAUAUCGCUCACUGAUGUAAGCCUUUA